AUGGCUACUCUACCUGCUAGCAAGUCAACUAGUAAGGUUGCUAUAACAGCUGAAAUAGAACAAGAAGCCUUAAAGGAACAACAGUUUCAAGAAAUUGAGAAAUUACAAGAUUUAGGUAUCAACGCAGCAGACAUUAAUAAAUUAAAGGGAAGCGGAUACUGCACAAUAUUAUCUUUAAUUCAAACAACUAAAAAGGAAUUAUGUAAUGUCAAAGGGAUAUCUGAAGCUAAAGUAGACAAGAUAUUAGAAGUGGCAUCCAAAAUUGAAAACUGUUCAAGUUUUAUUACAGCUAAUCAACUGGUCCAAAAAAGAAGUAAAGUUUUAAAAAUUACAACAGGCAGUACAACUCUCGACCAAACUUUGGGUGGUGGAAUUGAAAGCAUGUCCAUUACAGAACUCUUCGGGGAAAAUCGAUGUGGGAAAACUCAAAUUUGUCAUACAUUAGCUGUUACGGCGCAGCUACCCAAAAAUGUUAGCGGCGGGAACGGAAAGGUGUGCUACAUUGAUACGGAAGGAACAUUUAGACCCGAAAAAAUAUGCAAAAUAGCAGAAAGAUAUGGAGUGAAUGGUGAAGAUGUGCUAGACAAUAUACUGUAUGCCCGAGCUUUUACACAUGAACACUUGUAUCAUUUACUGGCUAUAUCAGCAGCAAAAAUGUGCGAAGAACCUUUUGCCUUGCUGGUUGUUGAUUCCAUCAUUUCUCUUUUUCGAGUUGAUUUCAGUGGAAGAGGUGAACUGUCUGAAAGACAACAGAAGUUAAAUAAAACAAUGUCCAUUUUAUCUAAGCUCGGAGAACAAUUUAACAUAGCCAUUGUAAUAACAAACCAAGUAAUGUCUGAUCCAGGUGCCACUAUGACAUUUAUUGCUAAUCCAAUGAAGCCAGUUGGGGGUCAUGUCAUUGGGCACGCCUCUACGAUCAGACUAUCACUAAGAAAGGGAAAAGGAGAUCAAAGGGUUUGCAAAGUUUACGAUGCACCAAACCUUCCAGAAAUUGAAUGCAUUUUUCAACUGUCAGACAGCGGUAUUAUUGACGCAACGGAUUAG